UAAUAUGAAGAAAAUAAAAUAAUAAUAUGUACGCAGACAUUUAAUAGUAACCUUUAUGCGUCCUUUCUAUUGUUUGCUUUGUAUUCAUAUGAUUUAUCAUUAUAAUGACGUAGCUUUGAGUAAUUAAUAAAUUCCGUCCAAGCUAAAUAGACAAUGACAGUACCACUUAUGCUACCGUUGUAGCUUAAUUAUAUUAUUUGUUUCAAAGCUCUCAUUUAAAAAUCAAAAUGUUUAAACUACUUUUAACGAUUUUAUUAUUUUACUCCUUUCAGUUUUUCUAUUCAGUAGAAUGUAUAUCAUUUUUCCAUGUAUUUCCAGAUCCACCCCCUAGAGAUAAUAUUGCUUUGAUGGCGAGAUAUAUUGUACAUGAUUCUGAAUGGACAACUUUAUCAUACAUUGGAAAUCAAUCCUUUAUGUCUGGUGUACCUAUGGGACGUGUUUAUUCAGUUAGUGAUGGAACCAUUGACAAUAGUACUGGUGUUCCAUAUAUAAUGCUUUCACCAAUGGACUUAACCUAUCAAGAUGUUAUGGUUACUAAAAAUUGUUCCCUCACAUUAAGCUUAGCACAAUCAAAUUAUUGCAAAGAUAGAUCUUACGACCCAGAAGAUCCACGCUGUGCUCAACUUAUUUUAACGGGAACUUUUGUUAAGCUAGAAAAAAAUGAUCCUGAAUGGUUAACUGCCAAAGAAGCAUUAUGGACAAGGCACCCUGAAAUGGAAAAUUGGCCCAUUUAUGUUCCAGGACACAGUUGGCAAUUUGCUAAAGUAAAUAUUGAGCAUAUUACUUUAAUAGACAACUUUGGUGGGCGUAGAUUUCCAAAUAUUGAUGACUAUUUCAAGGCAAAACCUAUUUCUAAAAACAAAUAUAAGUCAAAAAUGUCAGCAAUAUCUAUAAAGAAAAAUGUUAUAAUUGAUUAUGAAUUUUAGAGUAGCUAUAAUUACUUAGGUUAAUUUAAUGAGUAAAUUUUUUUAAGAAUGGCUUUAAGUGGCUUUAAGAAUGUAUAUUUUUUUAUACCAUUCUAUUUAUUUAAAGUUUGUUCUAAUUUUUUUUUCAAAACCUAAAAUUAGUAUAAAUAAUUUAAUAAGAAAAAUACUUAUAUAAAAAUUAUACAUAAAAUGUAGCCUGUUGGGCUGUGCAAUUGUGAUUUUAGUAAAUAUACUAUGACUGACUUUAUAAAAUCAAUAAAAACAUUGCUCAAUUUAUUUGUUAUUAAUAUCUAUUGUUUAUUUGAAUUUUUUUCUAUACUUUUUAAAUUAUAUUAAUAUUGUUUAAUGUUACACAUAAAACUUAUGUACAUAUGAUUUAUUAAGAAAUAACAUAAUCUACAAGUACUAUUGUACUUAAAAUAUACUGGUAUUAAUAUGUUAUACUUGUUUAUGAUUAUUUUAUUUUGAUGUAAUAUUUAUUUCUAUUAAACUUGAGACUACAACUACAUUAAAAAUAUAGAGAUUAUCCAAUAUAAGAUAUUAUUUUGUCCAAAUUAUAUUUUAAUCUUUUUUGGAAUUGAAGUAUUACUAUUAUAAUGAAUUAUACUUAUUAUCCAAAUUAACUUUUAUUUAUACUUUUUGUUUUAAGUUAUGGUUUAAUGUUUAAUUUUAGAAGUUAAAUAAAUUAUUUUUAUUAGA